AUGUUCAAGUCGCUGUUCCGCUGCAUCCGCAGGUUCUUCAGCCGCAUGAAGCCCAGGCACAAGGACCAGCUGCAGCGCAGGACCGAGUACGGCGCCGACAUCGACAUCGAAGAGGCGCUGGCCGAGCAGCUGGAGAUCCAGAGGCGCAGCGGCCGCGUGCUGUCCUCCACGGCCAGCAUCGCGGCGGCGCUGCGCCAGCGGCCACGCGAGGAAAUCCCCGUGUUCUCGACGCACCUGGGCAACAACGAGCACCGCGAGCCCUCGGACCCGGCCAUCAAGGCCGCAGUCGAGGAGAUGCAGAGCCUCACGCCCGGAUACAUCGGCCAGACCGGCGAGAAGCCCGAGUCACUAAUCCCGUCGCCCGUACCCGAGGACGGCGAGCCCGAGAUGGAGACGGACGACAAGGAGAAGGACAAGUCGUCGCCUGCAGCGGAGCGAGCAUCCGAGACGAAGCCGCGCCGCUCGUCGAUCUUCGACAUGCGCUCCGAGUGGAUCUAA